AUGCCGCAGCGCCCAGUCUACUCUGAUGAGUAUGAGCUCGCUGGCCGCGACUCGUAUGACUCUGAUGAUAUUUACGAUGAAGCCGACUUUCAGUCGCAACUCUUCUUCGAUUUAGACGAAGCCGACUUCCAGUCGCGAGGACAGACAAGUCCUUCCUACAUUAAUCGACCGACCUGCUAUGCCUUUGUUGGCAUUCUCCUGGCGCUGGUCUUAUUCACUGCGCUCUUUUCAGAGCCUUCAUACACAAAACCACCGGCUCAUUACCAGUCUUUGAAAGCACGGAUUGAAGGCUCCGAAGAUUAUGGGCGCGCAAAUCCAGAGAAUCAAAAGAUCUUCAUCGCUGCUAGCAUAUACGAUGAAGGUGGCCAUCUUCUUGGGGGAGCAUGGGGGGAAGCGGUGCUGAAGCUCAUCAAUAUACUUGGCAAUAGAAAUGUGUUCUUAAGCAUUUAUGAGAACACCAGUGGUGAAGGCGGCCAGGUUGCUCAAUUCAAGUUCGAGAGGAGGGUCCAAUGUCAGCACAGUAUGGUUCUCGAAGAUUCGCCGCCCCUUGAAGAGCUUCAGCGUAUCAGGCUUCCCGAUGGGUCUGAACGGACCAAGCGUAUCGCCUACUUGGCAGAAGUCCGCAACAGAGCUCUUUUGCCUUUGGUCGAACAUCCUGAAAUCAAGUAUGACAAGCUGUUGUAUCUGAACGAUGUCGCGUUUGAUCCCAUAGCAGCUGCUCAGCUGCUCCUAUCAACCAAUAUGGACGAGCACGGCAAUACUGCCUAUCGUGCUGCUUGCGCCGUGGAUUUUAUAAAUCCUUUCAAAUUCUACGACACUUUUGCUACUCGAGACCUGGAAGGUUACAGCAUGGGUGUCCCCUUCUUUCCGUGGUUUACAAACGCUGGCAGUGGCAGUAGCCGACGAGAUGUACUUGCAGGCAAGGAUGCCGUAAGGGUCAAGAGCUGUUGGGGAGGGAUGGUAGCUUUUGAUGCCAAACCUUUCCAAGCUAAUCCACCACUACGAUUUCGAGCAACGCCUGAUACCUAUUGGGAUGCAUCUGAAUGCUGUUUGAUCCAUGCAGAUCUCUUGGAUCAGAGUACUUUCGGUGCAGACGGCGACUACGUGGGUGUGUACAUGAAUCCAUUCAUCCGCGUUGCAUACAGUAAUACGACUCUGCCUUGGAUUCGAAAAGUUCAACGUGUGGAGCGCCUCUUUACAAUUCCGCACAAUGUCAUAAAUCAUCUAGUCGGACUUCCUUGGUUCAAUCCACGCCGGACCGAGGUAGCAGGGUCACAAGUAGAGGAGAAGGUGUGGGUAGAGGACAAGAGCCUGAAAGCAGGUGGAUCGUUCCAGAAGGAGUCUAGGGAAGCUACACGAGGUGGUUACUGUGGAAUGAGGACGUUACAGCUCAUCAAGGAGAGUCAACGGGAUGGGGAGAAGAACUGGGAGACCAUGCCUGUACCUCCGGGAUGA